UUUAUAGGCCGUGCCGCCAGCUGCUGGCUAAGAACCAGUCUUGCUCCGCACUCAUCAUGCGUCCCGGGGCGCUGUGGCCGCUGCCUUGGGGGACCCUGGUCUGGGCGGUGGGCUUCGUGGGCACCGUGGUGGACUCGGGGGACCUCGCACCGGGUGGCGUAUGCUGGCUCCAGCGGGGCCAAGAGGCCACUUGCAGUCUGGUGUUGAGGAUGGAUGUCAGCAGGGAGGAGUGCUGUGCAUCUGGCCACAUCGACAGAGCCUGGUCCAACUUCACCCACCCAGGGAACAAAAUCAACCUGCUGGGUCUUUUGGGGCUUGUCCACUGUUUCCCAUGCAAAGGUAGCCAAGCGUGGUGGGCACAGAUCUGCAGUCCUCAGCACUUGGGAAGUAGAGGCAGGCGGAUCGGGAGUUCAAGGCCAGUCCUGGAUUCUUGUGAUGGAGUGGAGUGCGCUCCAGGCAAGGCCUGCCGCAUGUUGGGGGGCCGCCCGCGCUGCGAGUGCGCACCCGACUGCACGGGGCUGCCCACAGGAUUGCAGGUCUGCGGUUCCGACGGCGCCACCUACCGGGAUGAGUGCGAACUGCGCACCGCGCGAUGCCGUGGACAGCCGGACCUGCACAUCAUGUACCCCGGCCGCUGCCAGAAGUCCUGCGCAAACGUGGUGUGCCCUCGCCCACAGUCCUGCGUCGUGGACCAGACGGGCAGCGCGCAUUGCGUGGUGUGUCGUGCAGCGCCCUGCCCACUGCCCUCCAGCCCGGGCCGGGAGCUCUGCGGCAACAACAACGUCACCUACAUCUCCUCGUGUCACCUCCGCCGGGCCACCUGCUUCCUGGGCCGCUCCAUCGGGGUGCGCCACCCGGGUAGCUGCAUCGGUGUCCCCGAGGUGUCACCAGAGGCCACAUCCUCUGAGGAAGAGGAAAACUUCCUGUGAGCGGCAGCCCGUGGCCCUGGCGUUGGAGGCCGACCCUAUUUUAUUUAUUAUCACAGAAGAGUCUAAUUUAUGUCACUUGGACACUCCCCAAACAUGGCCCAAGACCACUCGGGGAUUCCCUCAGGGCCCUGAGGACAUCCUGGAAGAUUUUGUAAGGGCCAGUGUGUGAUGGCCAGGUAGUGGGGACCAGGUUAGUCCCCUGCACCCCACACACCUGCUGGCCCAGGACAGCUCAGUGAAGACUCCCUGAGCUCAUUCAUCACCUGCUUUCAGAGCAGAGGUGAGGAUGGGCCUGCAGAUGAGUCUGGGCACAGUCAUUCAUUGCUCUGGGGAUGUCCACCUCCACUGCCUGGCCUCAGAUCAGGGUCAGGCAGUACCAGCUAAGAGCAGCACUGGGUCCCUCCCUGUUCCAUCCUCUUAGGGUGGCACCUUGAACCCUGGUUGACUCCCAAGCUUAGGGUGGCUUGUGGACUGCAGGACUCCCUGUCCUCAGAGCACCUUGGAAUCAUCUCUAGCGCCUGCUGCCCUGUUCAGGGGACCCCUGUGGUGGUCUUUACCCAGCUAGCCUGCCUCAUCUACAAGCCCAGCUGCAGCUGUGACAGCUGUCACUCAAAAUUGCCCACUUGUG